AUCCAUGCGAAGACAUAAUGUAUGGACGACUCUAUGAACACACCAUUGAAUCGCUUUUGCAAAUCAUUAGACGAUUGCAACCAAUUUGUGGCCAAUUUUUACACACAUUUUAUUCACAUUUUAUUGAUAUUAUUAUUUAAAUUAAAUUAAUUGUAAAUUCAGUCCUAAAUUAUGUCAAAUAAGAAGCGUUUGGUUUACUCUAUAAUCCAGUUCUUGAGCGAUGAGCUCAAGAGUGAGACACUUUCGCCCGACUCUAAGGAAUCGAUUGAAGUUGCCGUACAAUGUCUUGAGGCGGCCUUCGAAGUGAAUCCCGUGGACGCGACUCUCGGCACGAGUCAAACGUUGGAUCAUAUAUUUGACGAUUAUCUCAAAGACAACCAAAAUUCAUGCCCUCAAGGCGGUGGCUUUGUCCACAGACUUCUCGUUGCGUUUCUUCGCCUCUCUAACUUCUUGCUCCCGUUGCUUGAGUACUUCUCACUUGUCAAACUCUUUCGCGACCUUUACAUACCGGCCCGCAUCGAUUUGGACGCUUCCAACGCUGUCUACUUCUGCAACAGAGCGGCCGCGCACUCGAAGCUUAAUAACCACGAGUUUGCGUUAGAGGACUGCAAGCGUGCCAUCACUUGCGAUCCCGGCUAUAGUAAGGCUUACGGAAGAAUGGGAUUGGCGUUCGGCAACUUGAAUGACCACUUGAAGUCACGCGACUGUUAUCGCAAAGCCGUAGAACUCGACCCAAACAAUGAAAGCUAUAGAAAUAAUUUGAAAAUAGCCGAAGACAAAGUGGCGGAACAAUCGUCUCAAUUCGGUAAUCCAUUUGACUUGAGUUCCCUGUUGUCGAACCCGGCGCUCAUGAAUAUGGCCACACAACUCAUGAGUGAUCCCAAUAUGCAGAAUCUAAUGGGUGGUUUGAUGUCGGGUGCGAUGCCUAACAACAAUCAGGAGCCCACCCCUGAAGCCGGUGCCGGUCCCCCUGGCGGUGGACUCGAGGCACUUCUGCAGGCUGGCCAACAAAUCGCGGCCCAAAUGCAGGCAUCAAAUCCUGAUUUAGUGAAUCAGUUGCGGAAUGUGAUGACU